AUGGAUGUUCGCAAAUUGUCCUUCAACUUUGAAAAAGAGGCGACUGAGAGCAAUGAGAAGCACGCUCCGCUUAAAGUGGCAUUCCUCGGAACUAGACACCCACAUGUUAUGUACCGAUUUGCCAUUCUAGAGCAACUGGGUGGCUUCGAGUUUUCUGGAUUUCACGAAGAGGACGCCGAGAUCGCCAAGGGAUUGAGCGAGCGACUCCCGCUAUUGACACGAUUUGAGGACCCAACAUCUUUACUUGAUACAAAUCCUGAUAUUGUGAUGAUUCAUGCCCUGGAUCCGGAUGUUCCUCGCUGGGCCCGAUUUGCCGUUGACCACUCAGCACCUUUCAGAGGUCUCUUUCUGGAAAAACCAGGGGCAGCUCUACCCAAAGACUUUUAUGAUCUUGCGGCCCAAAUACAAAAAAAGAGACCGAAUCUCGUUGUAGAAUUGGGAUAUGAACUUCAUUACUCUGAAUCCCUAGAGUUUGCCCGUAAGGUGGUUCAUACGGGGGUGUUAGGAGACAUCACUACCGCGCGAUUUCAUGGAGGUUGUCCAUCUGGAGCUGGAAUGGACUUAUGGCAAGCUAUUCCGGAGGACUUGGGUGGAAUAAUGCAAACCGAAGGCUGUCAUACCCUUGAAAAUGUGUUAGAUCUCUUUGGGGCGCCCGAAAGAGUUGUGUCGUCAAUCCGCAAACUUCCGCAAAGACCUCCGCACCCCGUUGUGGGAUGGAUUCCAGAUAUCUUCACAGGAACGGUUGAUACCGACAAAUUUGGAGUCGGCUCAUUGCUUUACGAAGAUGUAUGCUCUGGUAUUAUGGAAUAUCCAGAUAAGACUAUUGUUCUGGAUAUGACCGCUUGGGAACCUACGGAAUGGUGCAACGAGUGGGCAAUUGAUGUUUACGGGACCAAUGGAUCUUUACAUGUUAUCCCUGACUAUCCUGUCGGGACUCUUUACUUGCGUGAAGGUCGCGGAGAGUUUGCAGCUGGUGAAACGAAGUUGAAAACAGAAUUACCUCACGGCACUUCUAAUAUUCCAAGUUGCUAUCGCAAACAGUUGGAGACUUUGUUCAGCAGAGUUCGAGAAUCCAAGACUCCUGCUAGUGGUUGCUGUGAUAUUAAUAAAAAUGUUGAUAUAUUGAAAGUUAUUGAUGCUUUCUAUAAAUCAGCGGAGUCUCGACAAUGGAUGGAUGUAUAA